AUGAAAACUUUCAACACUCAGGAAACCGCUACGGCUCCGCCUCUAUCUCAUCCAAAACAGAGACGGAGGAGGUGUAAGUUUGCUGUUCUGGCCACUCUUCUGCUCUUGUUAGCAAUAAUAAUUGUAGGGAUUAUCUUAGGAGUGACGGUUUUUAAGGUUAAACCUGCAAGGACUCAGGUGGCGUCUGCUUCCUUGGAAGGUGUUGCUCCCAGGAUUUCUUUCCCAGCCAUAAAGGUAGAGCUAAAUAUCACUCUCAACCUCACUCUCCUGAUUCAGAACCGCAAUCAUGCCAGCUUCAAAAGUGAUCAAGGAGAGGGUGUAUUGCUGUAUCAAGGGGACCGGGUUGGGGAUACUCAGCUUCAUCCCGGGCUGAUUCCUGCGAGGGGUACAUCCACUUUGAUUUGCCUUCUUACUGUCGAGGUUGAUAGGUUUGCGAAUUCAGGACUGACAUCCCUCUUCAGCAACAUAGCUGACGGAGAGCUACGCUUGGAAACCAAAACCAGGAUCCCAGGCAGGGUGACUAUUCUGAAAAUCUUCCAUAAGCAUAUCGUCUCUGCCUCUGAUUGCCAGAUUGUAAUCGGAUUUCCAGAUCUGAAAAUAAAAAGUCAAGACUGCAAGAACCACAACAAAUUUUGA